AUGUCGGACAAAAAUUCGAACGUUAAAAGAAAGCCGUCCGGCUACGAAUACAGAAAACGGAAAACUGAAAAAGAGCAAAAGUUUGAACAGAGUAAAAAGUUGAUGAACAUUGAGAAAUAUGUUGUGCAAAAAACGGAAGAUGAAGGUACAAAAGAUCUAACAGAACUAUCUUCUACUCCAAGUCUCGACACAAACGUCACCAUCGAAGUUGAACCAACUGAACAAAUGGGAGUUGUUCUUCUUGAAGAUAAUGCGCCAGUUCAAAUUCAAGAACAGGAAAUCGUUGAAAGUGAUGCUGCAGGAGUUCAUGUUGAAGAGAUUAACGAUGAAAAGUAUGACCCCGUGAUGCAGAACCAUGUAACACGUGCAAUGAAUGGUGAUAUUUCGGAUCAUUAUUGCGUCAAUCGAUGGAAGAUUCUAACUGAUCACGUAGAAAUCUUUACUUUGAAGAAACUAAGUGACACACGUUGGGAAGCAAAAAUUAGUAGUGUCAAGCCAGUUCGUUAUCAAAUUCCUGGUGUUCAUGAUUCUUUAAUUACUUUGUCUGAAACUGAAGGCUGUGAUCCUGAUAUAGAACAUGAGGCAAUCACCCUAGCAGAACAACUGAGAGACUUCAGCUUUCUCAUCUCUUUAGUUGUUUGGUACGAUGUUCUUUUUCAAAUCAAUGUUGUCAGUAAAGCGCUUCAAGCGAAAAACAUGGACAUUGCUAAAUGCGUAGAAAUGCUGAAUAAAUGUUGUGCAUUUUUAGAAGACUAUCGAAAAAAUGGGUUUAAGCGAGCCAUUAUUACAGCAAAAGGUCUAGCAGAGGAACUACAAAUCGAGCCGGCAUUUAGGCCAAUAAAAAGAAUCAGACGUGUGAAGCGCCAGUUCGACGAAAUCGCCCAAGAUGAACCCAUCGUUUGUCCAGAGAAAAAACUAGAAAUCGAAUUCUUCAAUCCUCUAUUGGAUACAGCUUUAAUGUCUAUGAAGGAAAGAUUUGAGCAGCUGGACGGCUAUUCAGGAACAUGGGGUUUUUUGUACAAUGUUGAUAAUCUACCAGAAAGAAAAGAACUUGUUAAAUCAUGUGCCGAUCUUCAAAUUAAAAUCAUGGUUAAUUCGAAAUCUGAAAUUGACGGUAUUCUGCUUUGCGACGAAUUAAUAAGCAUGAAAGCUUUUCUUUCUGGUAAGAUUGAAGGUCAAAAUAAUCCUUUCAUGGUAUUGGUCUUUAUAAAGCGGCACAGUUUACAAGAUUUAUACCCGAAUAUAUGGAUUUCUCUGCGAAUUUUAUUAACAAUUCCUGUUACUGUAGCAAGCGGAGAACGAAUUUUUUCUAAACUGAAAUUAAUUAAAACUUAUUUAAGGUCUACAAUGUCACAAGAUCGACUUUCCAGUUUAGGAACUUUAUCAAUUGAAAAUGAUAUAGUAACGACCCAACACUAA